GGAGCUUACUCGAAGUAUUACCACAUCCAAAAUGAGGCCCUUUCUGUUUCUGUGCUUGGUUAUGGCUGUAGCCGGUAUGGAUGGGCAUAAUGUCCAGCUAUCCCAGGCUCAAAAAGACAAGGUCCACCAAUACACGAUGCAGUGCAUCAAAGAGAGUGGUGUCAAACCCGACAUCAUAUCCGAGGCCAAGAAAGGUCACUUCACCGACGACGAAGGUCUCAAGAAGUUCACCUUGUGCUUCUUCCAAAAGUCUGGAAUAGUUGACAGCCACGGAAAAUUGAAUGUGGAGACUGCUCUUGCAAAGUUGCCACCCGGUAUCAAUAAGGUUGAUGCUAUGAAACUUCUAGAAGAAUGUAAGAAGAAAACUGGGAAAGACGCAGCAGAUACAGCUUUUGAGGUCUUCAAAUGCUAUUCGAGGGGAACCAAAACACAUAUCUUGGUGUAAAAAAUAUUUAUCCUUUUAGUCAAGCAGGCAAUUCCAUGAGGCAUCCAUUGUAAAAAUCUUAUUAUAUUUAUUCCGCCUUAGUUAAACAUAGAGCAUAUUAUAUAAUGCCA